AUGUCAUCAAUCAAAUCCGAUCCUCGUAGGGAAGAUGCGAUCGUUCCGUUUCAUCUCCCUCGUAAAGCUGAAGAUGAAAAAGACUGGUCACAACUACUUGCUACUUUAGUUUCUAUGGGUAGUAUUAUGACACGAAACCGUUAUAAAAUUAUUCCUUGGAUUGCAGCUUAUUUUGGUCUUACAGCCACUUUAAAUACCAGAAAGACAUUCAAAGCAAAAGAUGCCAUGACUAACAGUGGCGCUUUGCUUGCUUUGGUUUCACUUUUUACUUUUUAUCUUAAUUUCUAUCUUGUUCACAAAAAAUCAAUGGAAGCUGUUGAAAAUGGUGAUAUUAAGCUUAUUUAA